AUGUAUGAAUUUGAUGUUCGCCUGGCUGAAGUGGCGGACCUGGAUGAGAUUAGCAAGCUGAUCCGAUCGCCGGGUGUCAAGUGGUUCGGCAAUAUCCGUCCAAAGUUUCGGGGCAAGCACACCCUCUUCCAUUCCUAUCAGACCUACAGGAUGGUGGCCCUAUGCAGACAAUCCUCUGAAUUGGUGGCCUAUGCCGAAUUCCGGAAUUAUCCGUCCAUGUCAGCUUUGCCCACGGAUUGCUGGCUGGAAUGGCUAUCUGUCAGAUACUGUUUGACAGUGUCCAUCAGCUGGCUGAAUGCUUUGUUUUUUAACUUUUGCAUUUACAAGAGCGAGUACUCCGCCGUUCUCGUGGAAAUCAUUAAGGAGGUGUUGUACAGGGAGAACAGGGUGUGGUAUCUUAUCGCAGUGAGGAAUCCGUAUGUUCGACAACCUUCCCACUUCAAUGAGACCUUCGACGAUUUGGAAAAAAUUGCCGAGGUGUUUUAUCCACACGAGUUUAGCACGGAGAACAACUCUAACACGCAGUCCUUAUAUAUUGUGCAUCGGUUCGACAUACUGCCCAGGAUUACUUACCGGAAGGCACUACCCGAAGACAAUGAUGAUAUAAUAGCACUCCAAGCGGUUGAGAUGCCUGAACUCCGUGAGGAGUUGGGCGAAUUCUAUAUAGCGGAGGAGGUGAUGAGGCAGGAUUCCGAUGCCGAGAAGAGUUUGCUGGUUGUGGCAGAGACAACAAACCUGUGCGAGGAGACCGACUUAGCCAUCUUCCUGUGGCUGACCACGGACAUAGACAUCUUGUUUUAUGUGCAAAACUACGAGGUGGAACAAUUCGGCAAUCUGGUGAAACCCGUCGAUAGCAAGUCCUUCCACUAUGAGACGAUGACGGUGUCCUCGGUCCAGCGAAGAGCAGAGGCCAGUAUGUUCACCGCAGAUGCUCUGGAGGAAUUGGAUGCCAUGACGAUCCUGGGAGGUCUGCAGAAAAUUGACAGCGGUAUGAGUGUGGCCAGCGCCGGAAAGAUGAAGGUAAGCUCCAUCGGUGGGACAAUUGACGAUACAGUCACAGCGAGCGAAAACAAGUUUUAUAUGAGAGAAUGCCUGUACUCCAAGUUCAAGUACAUCCUUGAGAAACUUCGCAGCACUGAGUACUAUUUGCGGCACGAGCAGAACGUGAUGAAUUUCAUAUAUCCCGCCGGAAAAGAGCCUGCAGGACCGGCAGCUCGGGAGGCGGCCUCAAAUAUUUUCAUCCUGAAGUGUAUUGUGGCGCAACAGGAUUUUCCUCUGCCACGCCUCUUCAACGCAAUGGUGGCCAUGUUCGGGGCAUAUCCAGAUAGGGACUACUGCAUGAUGGUGAUGAAUGCUAAGAACAAGGCCAACAAAAGCUAUCUGGAGGUGUUGCAGUACUUUAUGCCCGUGGUCUCAAGACCAAGUGAUGUGAGCAACCUCGACGAGGUGUACAUUACCCAUCGGAGCACCAUCUUUGGGGAUAUUAGCCUGUAUAAACUGGAAAAGGAGGAUGUGCCCGUGGUGCAAAAAAUGGCCCUGGGAAACUUGGACGCAGAGGAACAUUCCGCCGAUUCCAGCAGCACCACCAGCAGCUUCUCAUACUGCUCCAAGAUCAACGAGCGGGCGGAACUGGAGCACGAGCUUUAUUUUCUGGAUGCCAUAAUGAAGGAUGUGCUGGAUAACGAGUUCAGUGAGUUUGCGGUCUUUACGAUUCGGUGCGGAAACUCCACGAGAUCGGCCAAGGAAAACACUUCGAUUGGAUUUGUGGUGCUUCGGCAGUUCCACAGCCAUGCCAAGCUCUUUGACCACUACCACCUGCCCAGGCACGACAAUCAUUUGGAUCGACGAAGGGCCGAGAUCAUAUCGGUGCGAUUGCAUCCCCUCUUCUUGGUCAGCUCCGAUCUGAUCUUCAGGGAUUUGGCCAGAAAGACUAAUUUCUACGACUUUUACUUCAUCAGUGCUUUCGAUGGUUAUAAGUACAGCAACGACCUGAAGAAAAUGAUGAUGGUAUUAGAGCCAAAGCCUGUUAAAAAAGCUCCGGUUUUUUCCGGAGUCAAUGUGGAUCAGAAGAAGCCGAAGAGCCGGUUGCAUGUGCCCACUCCCGAUUUCGCCAAGGAUUAUCUAACCAUCUACCGGCACAAACUCAAUCCGGUCAAGUGGUUCACCAACAGCAGGAAGCUGGUCAUAAUUGGUUUUGGUGCACUGACCAAGGCUUUUCUACGGCAGCUGGUCUUUCAGUGGAAUAGCAAGGACCACAAGAAUUCGGAAAACUUCACCUGCUUAAGUCGACUUCAAGUAACUGUGAUAUGUCGGGCGGGAAUCGUGGAGGCGGAUUACGACAGCCUUUUCAAGUGUCCUUAUUGCACGAGCACCCUAGGAUGCUACCUUUCCUACCAGAACGAGUCCUGCUUCGUAAGGGAUUGUUGUUUGCGCCUUGACCUGCGAUACUGGGUGCACUUUGUGCCCGGAAAGGUGCAGCAGAUUAAUAGGGAGAAAAAGCUGGUGAAAUUGGAGUCCUGCGAAAUACACUACGACACCCUACUUCUAAUGUGUGAUCGGAUGUUCGUGCUUCGAUCUCCGGAAACGCCGGUAACCACCGGAAGACCCAGCAACCUCGUCGAACUUAACUUCCGUCUGAACAAGUUCAUGCUAUUCUACAAGGUUCGGGCUCUCCUGGAGCAUAUGCCGCGAACCUACUUGGUCCUGGUGUAUGGAUCCAAUUUGUACACCUACGAGUGCAUUGCCUUUCUCAUAGGCCAUGGCGUCGAUUGUUCGCGGAUGGUCUUCGUCCAGCCUCAUCGUUACACAGGCAAGGAAUCAGAUGCGAAGGAAAAGAAUCCCUACUGGGACAAAAAUCUGCAACUCAUCCUGGAUGAAAUCCUUGAGGAUAAAGGCGUCUCGAUCUUUAUAGACUACGACUUUCACCACUACAACCUGCACAAAUCGUCGGACUUCAUUAUGGAGGUGAUAUUUCAGCAUUUUCCCAGUCGAAAGCAGGCGACCUUCGAAUGUGAUCUGUUUAUCUCCUUUGAGGAGGGACACCUUAACCAAAGGCACAAGCAUUGGUUAAGGGCUUCCAAGAUCGAGUUUGAUGGCAACGAAAUUCUGGUAGACGAGCACUACCGGACGAAUGAUCCUGAUAUCUAUGCAUUUGGCAGCUUUGUCAAGAUCCGGAAGACGCCGAACUACCAGUACAGGUUUGUCAGUGAACGGGAGUUGGCCCGCAAGAUUUUACACUACUUGGGAAUCGUUACCCAGAAAAGUUUCGAAGAUCGAUUCUCAGAGCCUCUGCUCUUUCAGGCAAUUCUGCCGAUGCGCUAUUUCAUCACAAAAGUUACCAUGCCACGCAGAUAUCUCCAAUCGCAUUUGAAUGUCACGGAAAAUUGCAAAAUGACCACUUAUAAGAACUAUACCUUUUGCCGUGUAGGAUUAUCCACGCAUAUGAUGGUGGAUGAGAUCGUUGUGGUGACGAAAUUGGAGUGCCACUUGGACUUCCUGCAGCACUUUUGUGGCAAGCACGAAAAACUGCUGAACAAUCUCAAGUCGCGCUUUAAGGCCCGCACGAUUCACAAUUUUCUGAAGUAUUUUCAAGAGCCCUGGACAGAGUUGAUCAUGCACGAGAACUUUGAGGACCUUCAGGAAGAAAAUAGGGCACUUCUCACUCCCAUGGCUUCUUCCGCGCUUUCACGUGCUGAACGCGGUGCCUUGGGUGAUGUAACCGAUAUGGAUUUCUUCACGCUGAACAAGCGCUACAUAGAGAUCAAACUACUUUCUUUCCUGAGAGAGCAUCGCCGAGACUUUCUACAUGAAUUUGCCCUUCCCGAGGAUUUCCACAAAUUGGAUCUGCCCGAAUUCAAACGACACUUGGAGACGGAGGAGGAGAGUGAUGUGUCAUCAGAAUCGACAGAGACAUAGUUUUCACAAGCUAAGCAGUCCG